AUGGAGCACUCGGUGAAGGGUAGGGGCUCGUUCAACUUGGAUAUUAUGCACCAAGAAGAAGGAGGAUUCUCUCGAAGAGAGAAUUACCGAAAAGCUGGUCCUGGAAGUAGUGCUGGUCCUAGGGGCAAUCAACCUACUAGUGCAGAUAUGUUCAGAGCUCCAAUUUCUGAUCCUGGUGUCCUCCCACGUAUGCCGAUUAGGCCAGGGUUUUAUCCUGGCCCAGUGCCGUUUGAAGGCUACUAUGGUCCUCCUAUGGGGUACUGUAAUCCAAACAAUCAAGAUGUGUCAUUUGCAGGUAGGCCAGCUGGUCGUUAUGGUUAUGACAUGCACUCUGGUCAAGGUCCUUAUUAUGGUUAUGGCAUGCACUCUGGUCAAGGUCCUUAUGGUUAUGACAUGCAUUCUAGUCAAGAGCCUACUCAUUCACAAGAAGCACGAGGACCAUUGAAGGUCCUGUUAAAGCCACAAGAUGGAAGGGUCGCGAAAGACGAAGCAAAGAGGGAAGAAACUAGUACAAAUAAACUCCAAAAUUCAGAAAAAGUAGCGCAACACAGACCAUCUUCAAAAGAUGAACGAAGGGACGCCAGAGAUGAUAGAAUUAUGGGAACAAAAACGUUGGUUUCUUCUCAUAACUGGGAGGAUGAUCCUUCAGAGACUGUCAAAUCAAGGCUAUCUGAGCAACAACUAAAACCCGGGGCAUGUGGUGAGGUACAAUUAAAAAGGGAAGAAAAUGCUGCAUUAGGAGAUCCCACAUUGAUUCGAAAAAUAGAAGGCAUAAAUGCAAGAACUAGAACCACUGAUGGUGGCCAAAAUUCAUCUGUCUCUAGUGGUGGUGAGCAGGGAAUGAAAACUCGUACAGUCAAUUCUGGGAACUCUGUAAAUAUGGUUUCAGCAAGAACACCUCAAACUAAACAUGCACGUAAUAGUAAGAACCCAGGACACUAUGACCAGGGAGAACCUGCUACAAAUAGAAACACUGAAGAAGAAGUUAUUGGUGGAACUACAGUAUUCAGGAGAUAUAAUCAAGUGGCUCAGGGUAGAGAAGAUCAUCCGAGCGAAAGAAGAGUGAUCAAUAAAGACAGUGAUGGUCCACAUAAGAAAGUUAUAUCCGGCUCCUCCUGUGGCAAAUCAGCUGCAAACUCAGAAAGCUAUACCCAAGGCAUUGUAGGCAAUACCUCUGUUAGUGACCCUAUCACGAAUCCUGCAGGAAAAAUUAGGAGAGAAUUUGAAGUUUCCACGGACACAAAAGGCGGCCAGCAGCAUUCUACAAUGAAAGAUUUAGCCAGGCAGCGUGCUCAACAAAGGUUGAAAGAGGAGGAAGAAAGAGCAAGAGAGCAGCACGCUAAGGCUCUGGCAAAACUCGAAGAGUUAGAUCGACNUUNGGUUGGUNGAACAGAGGUNACUGAUGUUACUCCANCUCCUGAGGUUAUCAGUGAAGGUGUUUUAAGUCCUAUAUCAGGUUUGCCUGCAACGUCAAGCAUGUCAACAGAGUCAACUUACCCAAAAAAGAAAAAUAAUAGAAAUGGGAAAAGAAGGCAUAAGGUUGAAGAGACAACGGCAGUUAACGCGUCAGUAACUGAAGUGGGGAAAGAAAUAAAGUCAGGAGAUGAGUCAGUCGGGACNUGUAAGGCAAAAUUAGCUGAGUUGGAGUNGGGUUCUUGUUCNGGUCCAACCUCAGACUGUACAGUGUCUUAUAGNNCUGCUGAACAGAGAACUUCCUUGACUNAUGAAGUGUCCCAAGGCAGAGCAAGGAGCAAUUGGAAGUCUCAGCAUUUGCAUAGGACACAAAAAAACUCACAAGGNAAUAAGCCUACCGAGAAGUUUCAUGUCNCCGAUGCUNCUAUCUGGGCGCCUGUUAUUCCUCAGCAAAAAGCUAAUAUUCCGCCAGAUGAUACUAGUCAGCAUGCUGUUUCUGAGUUUGGCACCUCUUCAAAGAGUGCAGUGCAGACUAAUUCUAAAAAUAGAGGAGUGGAGAUUGAAAGAUACGUACCCAAACCCAUGGUAAAAGAAAUGGCCGAGCAAAGUCAGAGUAAAAAAGAAAUAGCGGCUACUGACAUGAUCCAGGGUACGGGGCAAAAGAAUGAUAGCGGAUCUGAAAGUAAUAGAAGUCUGCAACUGUCUGUUUUAACUGAAGAGAAACCUGGGUCUUCUUCAGAGUUGGGACUCGGGAGUGGUAGGCAGAGCAAAGCUGGUAGAGGAGUGCAUGGAUCAUGGCGCCAGCGGGGCUCUGCAGAGACUGCUAAAACCUCGGAACAUGUACAGUCUGUAACCUCGAAUCAGCCCAGCCGGAGAUCUAAUUCAUACCGCCAGAAUUAUAAAAGUGAUGUAGUGAAGGAGCAGACCAUGUCUACUGAUGACGGAUGGAAUAUGAUUCCUGAACCAAACAAUUCUCCUUCUGAACAGUUUGAUCCAACCAGUGCUCCUCAUGUUGCUGUUGUUGGGAAUGUUAAGGGACGGGCCAUAGCUUCCAGAGGCAAUAAGGGUGGUGGAGGAUGUAAUUAUGAUGACUACAAAAACAACAAUAACAUGGAUUCCAGUAAACUUCAUACGCAUCAUUCUGCCUCUGGGUUAGGUCAAUCAGAUCGGCCUUCUGCUUCAAAGGAAAGUCAUGGCCCUGGGGUUCACUCAUCUUCUCACUGGAAACCCAAGACACAUACAGAUAGGUAUGGUGGACCUGGAAAUGACAACCGUGUAGCUUAUAACAAAAACGAGUUUGCUAGAGAAGGGGAAAUGGCAUCAGUUGGUACACACUCUGAGGGCCAAAUCCGUCCACCUACAGAUAAAGAGGUUCAACUGGAGCUGAAUCCGAGUUCCGGGUUCCGAAACAACUCAGGCAAGAGUCAACGGCUCGGAAAGGGGCAAGAGAAUGUGCACCAUGGGAAGUUGCCUGCAAGCAGAGACAGGCAGAGGCAUAGUUCGCAUUACGUGUACCAGCCUGUUGGUCCACAAAGUAAUUAUGGAGAACGCAAUCAAGAACAGUUGAGAGAGAAUUCUCAGUCAGCAGGAGGACAAAUUCACGGCCACCCAAGGCAUGGUGGAGAAAGAUUUCACCAGCAGCAGCGAAGGGGUAGUGUUCAGAGAGACUCUGGUUAUUAUGACUAG